CCCAUGCCGUUGUUUUCCAGUGUUGUUUGGUGAUUCAUCAUCUUUAUUUGAGCGCCAUUUUUGUUAUUUUUGUACAGAAUUGUUGUUCUUCUCGUUUAAGAAUGCCAAGCCGAUCAACGGGAACCAUAACUCAAGACUGGGAACCGGUGGUUCUGCACAAGAACAAACCCAAGACCCAGGACCUGCGCAAUCCGAAGGCCGUGAACCAGGCACUCCGAUCAGGAGCUGAAGUCCAGACGAUCAAGAAGUUCGACGCGGGUUCGAAUAAAAAGAAUGCUCCGGUCGUCAACGCGAGGAAGCUGGAUGAAGAAACCGAGCCGGCUGCUCUGCAGAAGUUAAGGACAGAGGUGAGGACAGCUAUACAGAAGGCUAGGUUGGAGAAGAAGAUGAGCCAGGCGGAUCUUGCGAAGCAGAUCAACGAGCGGCCACAGGUGGUGCAGGAGUACGAGAACGGAAAAGCGGUUCCGAAUCAGGCCGUGCUGGCGAAGAUGGAAAGAGUUCUGGGCGUGAAACUCCGGGGAAAGAUAGGCAGCAAGUGAGGAUUUAGGCUUCAAAUUAGAGGAACUGUAGAAUGAUUUCCUAUCAUUUAGCUCUGUUUAGUUGAUGUGAACUGGGAAAGGAUAAAAUCAGGAUCAUAUGAUCUUGCGUGUGGGAA